GGAGCGGAAGCGGGUCGGCGGAGCUGAGCUGAGGUGACGAGCUGCAUCAUUUUUCAUCCCGAUAGCGUGCGACUCUUUCGGAUCUAAAAUCUCCGGCCGCACUGAAAACAAGCGUAAUUGUGAAGUCUGCUUGCGUUUAGGCACCGGAUGGUUUUAUUUUCCUGAAGCAAGGAAAUCAAAUCUUAAUUUACUUUAAGCCGGUGUCCAGCCAGGAGUCUCUCGAGUGUACAGGCCUGAACCAGAAAUAAAUGUCCCAGUUUUAUAAAGUUACAUACAGCUUAACGCACUCAUGAAAUUUAAAAUUUAGUAAGGAAGUAAUUUAUUCGUCGAUGUCGGCUGCCUUUUUUUGAAUGCAGCAAAAUAUUUUGCUUAAAAAAAGUCUUCCAAAUGCGAUUAUUUACAGUUUAAAUGUCUGAGGCACUAAAAGCAACUAUUAGAUUGUGAAAAUGACUACGGCUUCUGUCUCAGAUACAUAUACGUCAGCUGACGCAACAUGUAGAGUCUCAGUGGAAAAUGUUACCCAGAAAUCAUCGAGUUCCAAAGCAUCAAUGUCCCCUUCAGAUAACUAUUAUCUGGCACGAAGGCGGACGCUGCAGGUGGUGGUUAGUUCCCUACUAACUGAAGCAGGUUUUGAUGCAGCAGAAAAGGCAGCUGUUGAAACUCUGACUGAAAUGCUGCAAAGCUAUUUAUCUGAAAUUGGUCGAAGUGCCAAGGUAUAUUGUGAACAUUCAGCACGAACUCAACCAACCUUGUCAGAUAUUGUGGUUACUUUGGCAGAAAUGGGUUUUAAUGUGGAUAAUAUUCAGGCUUAUGCCAAGCGAUCGCAGAGAAUGGUUAUUACAGCUCCUCCUGUUACGAAUACCCCAGCACCCCCCAGAGCACUUUCUACAGGACAGAAGAGAACGCAUCCCUCGUACAUCCCAGCACAUUUUCCAGAGUUCCCUGAUCCUCACACCUAUAUAAAGACACCUACAAUCAGAGAGCCAGUUUCUGAUUACCAAGUGCUGAGGGAGAAAGCUGCAUCCCAGAGAAGAGAUGUGGAACGAGCUUUGACCAGAUUUAUGGCUAAGACGGGAGAGACCGAGAGUCUGUUUAAAGAUGAUGUCUCAACAUUCCCAUUGAUUGCUGCUCGAACUACCACAAUUCCUUAUCUAAGUGCCUUGCUACCAUCUGAACUUGAGUUGCAGCAGAUGGAGGAGACAGAUUCCUCAGAACAGGAUGAUCAGACUGAUACAGAGAACCUUGCACUAAAUAUGAAUUCGGAUGAAAUGUCUGCUGAAAAGGAAAAUACCAUGUUGCAACAAAGCUCGGGAUUAUCAAACACUAAGAGUAGUGAAGAGCCAAUGAUUGACAAUCCAUAUCUAAGACCAGUCAAAAAGCCCAAGAUCCGUAGGAAGAAAUGAUUUUCUGGAGCCAAUGCAAGAAUGAUUUGAGUGAAUGCCAUGCAUUAUACCCACACAGUUAUUUGAACUGAAGAAAAAUUUUGUUGAUUUGAAAACUCUUUUCACCUUUGGAAAAUGUGAAAAAGGAAUUGCAGACCUAAUGGAGUCAUGGUUUUUAAUUCUGGAAGAUUUGCCAAUUUGGUAACCAUGAAAUUUGGAUUACCAGUACCUGAAGCCAGAAUCUGUUGCAUUUCUGUUCCAAUGGAGCAAACAUACUUCUGUUGCUAGUUUUAAAAUCUACUUGAACUUCAUUGCAGUGCAGCUCAUGAACGUCUUAUGAUCUUUGUCUUUAUGAAGGUCACAUGUCACAUCGACUAAGACACACAUUCAAGUGUGGUAAUAAAUGGCUGUUUCUUCAA